AUGGCUGCGGAAAAGAGGGAGUGCUGCAGCAGCAGCAGCAGCAGCAGCAGCAGCGAGCUCGAGGCGCCUGCCUUGCCCUGCGCCUCAGGUGUCUAUACACCCCACCCAGCGCAUGCGCCGGCGCACCUGCACUGGGAUCCGCUGGCCCUCUCCGACUCCUGCCCUCCUGCGGCUGCAGCAACAACAGCAGCAGCAGCAGCAGCUGCUGCUGCUGCUGCAGUCGGCGCUGCUGCUGGUUCUUGCAGCAUCAGCGCCUCUUCCCUGUACUCAGAUGUGCGGCUAGCCGAAGCAGCAGCAGCAGCAGCAGCAGACGCAGCGCUGGCGGUGUCUUAUUCGGUUCCGGACGGGGGCGGCAGGCGUUUCGAUUCUCCCGCUGCAGCAGCAGCAGCAGCAGCAGCUGCUGCUGCUGCUGCUGCAGCAGGAGCGGCUGCUGCGGACGGGGGAGGCGCCGGCGUGUCAGGGCCGUACUUCUCAGUCAGCAGCGAAGCAGCAGCAGUGCAGCAAGAAGUCGUGCUGCUGCCCUCCGCAGCAAGCGACCCAACACCAGCAGCAGCAGCAGCAGCAGCAGCAGCAGCAGCAGCAGCGGACUCGUCGGAGCCCUCUGCAGAGUCACUCGUGCCCGUGCCCAAGGGCGCCUCUCCCUCCGCCCCCACCAGCAGCAGCAGCAGCAGCAGCAGCAGCAGCAGCAGCAGCAGCAGCAGCAGCAGCAGCAGCAGCAGCAGCAGCAGGAUGGAGCGUUUGUUGGAGUUGCUGGAGUGUGGGGUUUGUCUGGAGCGGAUGCUGCCGCCGAUCUUCCAGUGCAAAGAAGGCCACACGUUUUGCUGCUGCUGCCAGCAGCAGCUGCUGCGCUGCCCCUGCUGCCGCAGCACGGGGCUGGCCAUCCGCUGCAGGGCUUUGGAGCUGCUGGCGGAGAGUUUUGUCUCGACUGCUGCUUCGCAGCGCCGCCGCAGCAGCUCGUGCCACCGCAAAGCCCCACCACCAGCAGCAGCAGCAGCAGCAGCAGCAGCAGCAGCAGCAGCAGCAGCAGCAGCAGCAGGGUUUUAUGCUGCUGUUGCUGCGCUGCACCCGCAGCACCACUGCGGCCGCUACCGCCUGCAGGCGCGCGGCGGCCGCCGCGCCUUCGCCUUCGAAGGGCCCAUUUGGUCUUCGCGGCGGGGCUUCAAAGAGCUCGAAAGAGUCAAGGACUGCUUAAUACUGCCCGAAAAUAUAGCGUUAUUUCUAUCAGGAGCUAGGGGAAGUGAGCUCGAUUUGAAGGCCUUGGAUCUCUCUUUUACUGGAGAGAUCUUUGAGGAUUAA